CAAUCGUACAUUGUUGUAUCCGCGGAAAGCCUAAUGAAAUACCACUACUACCCAUCUACUUAUUGAUAUUGUCCUACACGUCCUACUCUUCAACAAGUCUCCUUCGCUGUCCCUCCCUCUCACCUGCUCCUGUAAUCCCCGAUCAAAACCCAAGGUCCCGUUCUUCCGUCACAAUUUAAUUAACAUCCCAAAUCCACCACAUCAUGUUCAUGCUAGUAAAUUGCUCCAAUUGCCGGACCCCAUUACAGCUGCCACCGGGCGCCAGAUCCAUCCGCUGCGCCAUCUGCCAAGCCGUCACCCAAAUAGCUGACGCGCGUAAUGCGCCGCCUCCCUCCCAUUCUCACGCUACUCCGCCACCUCCUGGUCCUCCUGCUCCGCCUUCUCCUUACAGCCACGCGCCACCGGGACCCCUGCCCAACGCCCACGGCCAGAAAAAGGCAGUGAUCGUCGGCAUAUCAUAUAGGUACUCUCGCCACGAACUCAAGGGAUGCUUAAAUGACGCCAAGUGCAUGAAAUAUCUCUUAAUGAACAAGUUUCAGUUUCCAGAAGCGUCAAUUAUUAUGCUCACUGGUAAAUCGAAUGCAUUUUACUUUAAAUUUCGUUUUUCAAUGUUUCAUUUUCGUAUCUUAAAAAGCAAAAGGUAUAUAGAUGCAAUUCACCUUUCUUGUUUUCUCAAGAUCAACACCCCAAAUUCCACCCACCCACACACAAAAAAAGCAAAGGAAAGGAAAGGAAAGGAAAGGAAGAAAGAAAAAAAAAAAAAAAAGGAACAGGGACGAGGUCACAGUGUUUAGCUGCAUUGUUCCAAUUGCAAGGGGAAUGAGAUAAGAAUGAAGGUGUUGUUCAAGAGUAUGAAUGGUUUAAACAUCCUAUAUUCAGCAACAAACUGAGUUUAUCAUUCAUAUCCAUAUUUAAUUCUAUGGUUACUACACCUUCUUCUUCAUUUAUUUAUUUAUUUUAUUUUAUUUUAUUUUUUUAUGAGUUAAACUUAAUAAUAGCAUUUUGCUAGACUUUCUGUAUUGGUUUUUUUCAUUUGUGAACUCAAGCAUCCAUAGUCCAGACAAAUUUUUUGAUUCUAAGUUGACCUCAAUCUAUUGAAAAAUA